AUGUUAGGUAGGUAUUAUUGUUUCUCCAGUUUCAGUUGCUGGUUGUUGGAUCUAGGAGAUGCCCCGAUUACUUCAGUAAAGGCAGCAGCGAUCGCUUCCAUAAACAGAUUGUUAGACAUAGAGCAGAGAAAUAGUCAUUCAUUCGUUCGUUCAUUCUUUUUUUUUAAUGUUUUGUAGAGAAAGUCUAUGAUCGCAGUGAGCUUCAUAGCAGCGUUCCUCUUCCUGCUGGUUGUGCGCCUUGUAAAUGAAGUGAAUUUCCCACUGCUGCUAAACUGCUUUGGACAGCCUGGCACAAAAUGGAUACCAUUCUCCUACACAUAUAGGCGGCCCCUUCGAACUCACUAUGGAUACAUAAAUGUGAAGACACAAGAGCCUUUGCAACUGGACUGUGACCUUUGCGCCAUAGUGUCAAACUCAGGUCAGAUGGUUGGCCAGAAGGUGGGGAAUGAGAUAGAUCAGUCAUCCUGCAUUUGGAGAAUGAACAAUGCCCCCACCAAGGGCUAUGAAGAAGAUGUUGGCCGCAUGACAAUGAUUCGAGUCGUGUCCCAUACCAGCGUUCCUCUUUUGCUAAAAAACCCUGAUUAUUUUUUCAAGGAAGCAAAUGCUACUAUUUAUGUCAUUUGGGGCCCUUUCCGCAAUAUGAGGAAAGACGGCAAUGGCAUUGUUUACAACAUGCUGAAAAAGACUGUUGACGUCUACCCAAAUGCCCAAAUUUACGUGACCACAGAGAAGCGCAUGAGUUACUGUGAUGGCGUUUUUAAGAAGGAAACUGGGAAAGACAGAGUCCAGUCUGGCUCUUAUCUCAGCACAGGGUGGUUUACCUUCAUUCUGGCCAUGGAUGCCUGUUAUGGCAUUCACGUCUACGGGAUGAUAAAUGACACCUACUGCAAGACAGAAGGAUAUAGAAAAGUCCCCUAUCAUUACUAUGAACAAGGAAGAGAUGAGUGUGAUGAAUAUUUUCUUCAUGAACAUGCUCCAUAUGGGGGGCAUAGGUUUAUCACUGAAAAGAAAGUGUUUGCUAAAUGGGCCAAGAAACACAGGAUAAUAUUCACACACCCAAACUGGACAGUGUCUUGA